ACGAGCACGUCAGCAAGAACAUGCUCUGCGUUCGGUCCCCGGUCUUUCGGACCAUGUUUGGCACCGGCAUGAAGGAGCGCGACGCCGCCGAGGUCACGGUGUCCAACACCGACCUCGCCAGCUUCACCGCCCUCGUCCGCUACCUCCUCACCGACCAGUUCGACCUCGGCGAGGAGCAGGGCGGCAGGGCGCAGCGCGCGCUCGACCUGCGGGAGCUGGUGCAGAUGUACCAGGUGCCGCGCCUCGAGCUGCUCUGCGCGCAGGCGCUGCAGGAGAGCGUCGCGCCGGCGACCGCCGUGCCGCUGCUGGAGGCGGCGCACACGCUGGGCGACGGGCGGCUCCUCGCGCAGUGCCGCCGUUUCGUGGCCGACCACGCCGCAGAGGUGCGGGCGAGCGGCGGCGUGGAGCAGCUGCGCGACUUUGGCGUGGCCAAGGGGCUGCUCGGCGACGCGCUCGACCAGGUGGCGGAGCUGAAGGGGACGGUGGCGGCGCGCGACGUGGAGCUCGAGAAGAUCCGGGCUGAGGUGGCCGAGCGGGCAUGAGUGAGGGGCAGCGCCCCACGCCCUGUGAUCGCUCGCCGCUUGGCACCAGUGAUAGCAGUAUGUGACAGCGCAGCGCGCCGUGUACAGGGAGCGCGCUCCUGCGACACCGUUUUGAUUUCCCGGUAC